UUUCAGACAGAAAGUAUGCAGAUUAUUAAAUAGAAUUUCAAAUUCUUGGAGGUGAAUUUCGAUCUUUUAGGAUUUUUAACUCAGGUUUCCAAUAUGUCGGCAUCUCCAGCUGUGAUAAAACAGACCCAGGAGAGCCUUGGCAAGUUUAUUAAGAAACCUCCUCUCACAGAGAAAUUAUUGAGCAAACCUCCCUUCAGGUUUCUCCAUGAUGUAUUCACGAUAGCAAUGAAGGAUACUGGAGCAAUGCAAGGAUUAUUCGAAGAUGUUGAACUAGAUUCUAAUAAUGUAAAGGAGAAAGAGGCCAAAGUUUUAUAUUUAAGUAAAAUAAUUGACUGUCUCUCCUUAGCUACAGAUACAAACCUACAGGCUAAACCUGGAAAGAUAGUAAGCGGCCAGGAACCUGAGAAAACCAACCAGUUACUCCAAGCUCUUGCCAACGUCAUUGAAAAUAAGAUUGACACAACUGAUGCUGUUGCUCGGGUUAAAAAUGGAGAAAAGCCGGAUUUAAAAAAGAAGCCUGCGAAAAAGAAAGAAAUUGAAACAAAGACGACAAAAAAGACUCCUGACAAGAAAAACCGCGAAAAUAAGGAAAAUCGUGAAAAUAAUCGACGCAGUUCUGGGAAGCCUACAAGUAAAACUGGAGCUAAAGAGAGUCCUAAAAAACCUAAACCUAAAUCCCCGUCUCCUGAACCGGAGCCAGAACAGGCCCCGGAUUCACUAAUAAACGAUGAGCCUGAACCCCCUCCUCUUGACAUGGAGCCGGAAGAGGAACCACCAUCCCUCCCUCCCGCACCAGUUGAAAUGGAUCUGCCCUCCUUUCCUCCGUUGAUAAAUGGCGAGGAGGAGAUGGUUAGUUCUGCAGAACUGCAUGAGGAACAGAACGGUCCUGAGUCUCCUGAAUCCGCUCCUCCCAGAAGAGUAAUGAGUUCACGCCCCCAGACUGUUAAGGAUCGGAAGAAGAGCAUUAUACCUACCGACCUGGAGUCAGAUAAACCAAACCCAGAGGUAUUGGGUCAGAUGGAAGACGAUGAUCCUAUUCGUCCUAGUACAGCUAUGAGGGCUGGGUCAGCUCGCCCUAGAACAGGAAGAGCCCGACCUCCCAGUGCAAGACCUGCUCCUCCAAAAAUACGUGAAAGGAAGGAGGUGGCUGAAGAACCUAGACCAGCAACUGCUAAGCCUGUAGCGAACCUGAUCCUAGACACUGAAGCAGAUGAUGAUGAUGCUGAUGAAUUCCUUAUAGAAGAAGCUCCUAAAGAUCCUCUUGUAUCUCUGGAUUCAGAUCCUUUAGCAGAGGUAUCUGCUGUACAGUCUAGUGGAGAAGAGCACGGAGUACUGGUACAGCAGAUUCUAGAAACACAGAAAGAACUCCAGGACGGGAAUAAAACACAGAAAGGAGUGGAGAUUGAGCGGGAUGAAGGAGUAGGAGAAGCAGGACGGAUCCGGGAUAGAGCUGGUACCCAGAGAGAAGUGGAUAAACUCCGAACCUCAAUACAAACACUAACCAGGUCUGCCAAUCCACUGGGUAAACUGAUGGAUUUCCUGCAAGAGGACGUAGAUAGUAUGCAGAGGGAGCUCGACACAUGGACACAGGAGAAUAAACAACUACAACUACAGCUCCGACAUGAAGAGAAAUUAACCCAGGAAACUUUACAACCUCUCAACCAACAUCUUAAUGAACUAUUCUCAGCGGUACAGGAUCAGUUGGAUAAGAUCUCGGUGGUAAAAUCUAACAUCCUGAGGAACGAGGAGAAAAUUGCCAAGAUGAUUUCUACAAUCGGAGUUUCACAGAGAUAAUUCGUAGUUCCACAUUCCGGAUUUAUAAUGUGGAUUAUUCAUUGCUGGAUAUUCCAAUCCUGAUUUAGAAGGUUUUACAAGAGCUGUAAACUUUUAUAUUGCUUGAUUUCCUCUUUUUGUUAAUCUUAAGAUUAUUUUUAUCUUCAGUUUGAUUCCAGGAAAAUGCAUAAAAAUCAACCAAUCAGAAUGAAUUAUGCAGAACUCCGAACAGCCAAUGAGAAGCCGUGAUAUUCGAAAUUUUCCGCGCCAUUUUAUGAGAAGAAUAUUUUAGGUCGAAAUCCGGCAGGGAUAUCCAAAAAGGGGGGAAAAGAGCGGAGUAAGUAGAAAUCAAAAGUGUCCACAGUGGAUGUUCAGAUUAAGCGAUCGGUAUUUAGAGUAUCCAAUUCUAAAGUUUUCAGCUCAGAUUUGUUUUAAAAAAACCUCCAUAAAGGGAAUUGAGUUUUGCCAAUAUUUAUAAUCUGUGUAAUUCAAUGUGCAGCAAAACUUGAAACUUAUUUUUCUCACAUACGGAUUUAUGAUGAAAAAAAAGAAAAAUUUUGUGAGGAAAUUUAAAAUUCUGAACAAAGAACAUUUCUACCGUAAACACCACUUAGAUCCAUUGAUAAUUCUACUUCUAGUCACAGAGGUUUUAAUUUCACAAAUUCUUUUUAAAUAAAAGUUGAAUAGCUCUAAUUUUUGAUAUUUUUUCUUUUUGAAUUUCCCCCAUUUUGGUUCAGAUGAGGCAUCAUUAAACAUAAAUGAUCAUCAUAAAUGUUUACAUUAUAUUUCUAUACGUGAAGGUGUGUGUGUGUUGGGGGGGUGGGAAGGGUUAAUUAUGAAUUUAAACAACUUUUCUAACCGAUGUUUCUGUGGUUGAGCGCGCUCCUUGUUAAGUCAGAUAGCACAGAGAGAAACCGGUUUUCCCCUGCACCCCAUUAUUCGUCAAUUGCUCUGCAGAAACAUCGGACAGAAAUAAAACCAAUUCCAAUCGAUUAACAAUAGACCCAGUAGACCCAGUAGACCAUUUUUAAUUUUUUAUUCCACCACUCCCUGGACUAUAUAAUUAAUUACUUGAAAUAUAUGUAUGAAUAUUUAUUAUAUAUUAUGCAAUGUUCUCUUAAAAAGUGAUGAUUAAACUACAUAGUAAUAAUAAUUAUAUCUACACCCUUCAAGGGUUAUCAACAUAUAUUUUGAUUAAAGAAAUAUUUCAUCAUGUAAAAUGUAAAUAUUGAAUAAAUGAAUUGAAAGAA